GCAUGGCCGCGGGCCGUGGGGGGCGGUGCCCGGGGGAUGGCGGGGCUGCGCUGCGGGCGGCGGCGGGUGCCCGGGGGCUGGGGGUCGCCUGCCUGCGCCGCUGCCGGCCCCUCUGCCGGCCCCUCUGCCGGCCCCUCUGCCGCCUCGCCCGCCGCGCCGCCGCCGCUCUCAUGGCCCUCGCCGGCCCGCUGCUGUUCCGCGUGGGGUACAGCCUGUAUGCCCGCACGCGGCUGGGCUACCUCUUCUACCAGCGGCAGGUGAAGAAGGCCCGGGAGCGGUACCCGCACGGCCACUCGGCGCCCCAGCCCUGCUGCUUCCCCGGGGUGAAAAUCCUGCCCGUUCCUGUGCUCUCCAACAACUACAGCUACCUGGUCAUUGACACUGACUCCAGCCGGGCGGCUGUCAUCGACCCCUCUGACCCGCUGGCCGUGCAGGCUGCCAUUGAGGAAGAGGGAGUGAUUCUGGAGGCCAUAUUCUGCACCCACAAACACUGGGACCACAGCGGGGGGAACACGGCGCUACGGCAGCGGCACAGCUCCUGCAAGGUGUAUGGUAGUGCCCUCGAUGCCAUCCCAGAGCUCACCAACCCACUUGCAGACAGGGAGAAGGUGAGUGUGGGCUGCCUGACCUUCGAGGCGCUUGCCACGCCUGGCCACACCGUGGGCCACAUGGCGUACGUGCUGGAUGGGGGCCCCUUUGGCGGCCCCCCUUGCCUCUUCUCCGGGGACCUCCUCUUCCUUGCUGGCUGUGGCAGGCUGUUCGAAGGCUCCCCUGAGACCAUGCUCGCUUCCCUGGAUGUGGCCGUGGGCUUGGGCGAGGACACGUUGCUGUGGCCGGGCCACGAGUACGCGCUGGAGUGCCUGACCUUCGCCAGCCUCCUGGAGCUGGACAACCCUGCGCUGGAGCAGAAGCUGCAGUGGGCGACGCAACAGCGCCAGGAGAAGAGGAGCACGUGCCCCUCCACGCUGGGGGAGGAGCAGACCUACAACCCCUUCCUGCGGACCCACCGGCCGGAGCUGCAGGCAGCGCUGGGGCUGCGGUGGGGCGGGGGGGAGCACCCUGACGCCUUCCGCGCCCGUGUCCUCAAGGAAGUGCGAAGGCGCAAGGACCUCUACAAAGCCACCUAGACACCACCCCCCCUCCCCAGACCCCCCCCCUUCAAUGGGGCCCGGUGCUGCUCAGGCACGGGGCGGGGGGACCUGAGACUGUGUGGUUUGUUUUGCUGUGAAUCUCCCUCCUGGGGUGCAGGGUUGGGGGGAGGGGGUGGGAGAGUGGACCCCUCCAUAUGGGCACCCCGUAAGUGAUCCCUGCCUUUGCUCCCCCAGACUUGGGGGUCACCAGCUGUCACGUAGAAGCACCUCGAUCCCCUUUCUGGGGGUCUGUAGCCCCCGCCCCACUGCUGGGGCUGUAGGGAUGGCACCAAGGGCUUUUCCUACCCCCCCCCCCCCCAGCCCUGUUUUUCUGGGAACUCCCAAUUCCCCCCCACCCCAGCACUCAGGGAGGCCCCUCCCCCCCUUUCCCCUGGCAGCCACCAGUGCUGUGCAUCUCCUUUUGGGGGGGCUGGGAUGGAGCCAGCGGGGGGGGGGGAGCAGUACUACCUCCAGGCAAGGGGCUCUUCUCUAGCACCCCAUGCUUGGUGCCGGAGCCACCCCCUGCGCACACACACUGGGAUGGGGUCAUGGGGGCACGCUGGUGGGGUGGGGGGGUGUGCUGCCGUACUGGGGACCGGAGCCCCCCACCACCACCUCCCUAAAUAAAAGACUGGGUCGCAUUUG